AUGUCUGCAGAUGAGACUGUGAGAGAACCUGUAUCUGAGCAGACGCCCCUCCUUGGGGAUGUACCCGAUGGGGAUGCCAAUGGGAACACCCCACUACCCCAGGAACACAGUACCAAGGAGCUAAUUUGGAUUCUCGGGAGUAUCUGGCUCGGUGUCUUCCUGGCUGCUCUCGAUACAACAAUCGUCGCGACGCUCUCCGCGCCCAUCUCUUCGUCUUUCAACUCAUUCUCACUGCUCUCGUGGCUAGCAACUUCUUAUCUGAUCUCCAAUGCCGCCUGCCAGCCUCUCAGUGGCCGACUGACUGAUAUUUACUCUCGUCGCUGGGGCCUUGUGUUCUCCAACGUUGUUUUCGCCCUUGGAAACUUGAUCUGUGGCCUGGCAAACGCGCAAUGGGUUAUCAUCCUUGGUCGCGUUGUGGCAGGUAUCGGAGGAGGCGGUCUUACCGCGAUCUCGACCUUCGUCACUUCAGACCUGAUCCCUCUCCGGAAGCGAGGCAUCUGGCAGGGUAUCGGAAAUAUCUGCUACGGUGCUGGCAUGGGACUUGGAGGCGUGUUUGGCGGGUGGAUCAACGACACUAUGGGAUGGAGAUGGGCGUUUUUGCUCCAGGUUCCCUUCCUGGUCAUCUCGUGCAUUCUAGUCGCAGUUAAAGUCGACAUUCCCGUGAAAGAGUCGGAUACCGCACGCAUCAAGCGCGUCGACUUCCUCGGCGCUAUCACUUUGGUACUGACACUGGUCACAUUGUUGCUUGGCCUCAACACCGGUGGAAACCAGGUGCCCUGGAAUCACCCACUGGUGAUAGCAUCGCUAGCUGCGUCCGUUAUCUUCCUGGGUCUGUUUAUCUAUGUGGAAGCUGAGAUUGCUUCUGAGCCUGUCAUUCCCGUGCGCCUUCUCCUGGACCGCACCGUCGCAGCUGCUUGUCUGACCAAUUGGUUCAGCACCAUGGCCGUAUUCGGCCUCCUCUUCUACCUGCCGGUAUACUUCCAGGUGCAGGGACUGUCUUCGACUGCUGCCGGUGCACGAUUAAUUCCGCAGGCGAUCGGCACCUCGAUCGGCUCUUUGGGAUCGGGCUUCAUCAUGCGCGCCAGCGGCCGGUAUGCACCUCUCAAUUAUGUUGUCAUAACAAUUCAGGUUCUCUCCGCUGGGCUUAUCUGCACCUUGAAUCUCUACACGCCCGUGGGACUACCGUUCCUCUAUUUCUUCCUGGGCGGUGCAUCCUACGGUAGCAUGCUAACCAUCACCUUGGUGGCGCUCAUUUCUGCUGUCGACCACCAGCACCAUGCGGUUGUGACAUCUGCCUCGUAUGCUUUCCGCAGUACAGGAAGUACUCUUGGUAUCACGAUCGCUUCGGCUGUCUUCCAGAACACCCUGAAGCUCGGGCUUUGGUCUCGAUUGGGUGAACGCGAUGAUGCCAAGGAACUGAUCGGACGGCUUCGAGAUAGCUUGGAUGAGAUUUGGAAGCUACCUGCAGACUUGACGACCGGAGUGCUCGAUGCAUACAUGGACUCCUUGCGGGCUGUGUUCGUGACAUUGUUGGGCGUGGCUGUGCUGGGGGCAUUCACGAGCCUUGCCAUGAGAGAGCACAAGCUGCACAACAACCUGGCCCGACGAUAG